AGCGCUAAGAAAGGAGAAAGCUGCUGAGAAGAGCUGCGUGCAAUCAGAACAACUUAAGCUUUGCACCUUUUGCUCAUAGACUUUGUUAGUUUGUUGUUGUUGGGGAACCGAGCUCCGGGGCUGGAAGCGAUCCCCUGAGGUCCCCGAGGACUGACAGAAGGCCCCGGCACGCAGGGAGGGGAGGGGAGGAGAGGGGAGGAGAAGGGAAGGGACCCGAGCCCGGCAUCGGGCCCAGGCGCCGCGGUAGGCCGCGCUCACCUACGGGUCGCCGGCAGAGGCCGAAAGCACUUCCGGUCGGCGACGGAAGUGGUCGCGUUGCCGCGGCGACGGGCCCCGGCCGCCAUGGCGGUACCGAGCUGGCUGGAGAGGCUGCGGGCCGCCAGCAAGACCGCGCUGGUGCAGGACGGGAAGCGGAAGAUCCACUACCAGUUUGAGGAUGGGAAGGAGAUGGCUGAAGAGUAUAACAUGAAGACCGGCCAGUUAGUGAGUAGAAGGUGGCGAGAGAAGAACACCCUCGGGGGCACUGGCAAGUGGCAGGUUGAAGUGGGAGACCCAACUUCACCUCUCCUGGGACCACUGGAAUCAGAGCUCAUAAAGGAAAGCAGCUCUAAUCCUGUUUUCAUGAGGAAGGACACCCUGACCAGCUUCCAGUGGCGGAUCCGUAACCUGCCCUACCCCAAGGAGGUCUACAGUGUCUCUGUGGAGAAGGAGCAGCGCUGCUGUGUCAUCCGGACCACAAACAAGAAGUACUACAAGAAGUUUCCUAUUCCUGACCUGGACCGAUACCAGCUCCCCCUAGAUGCAGCUGCCCUGAGCUUCACCCAUACUAACAACACUCUGAUCAUCACGUACCAGAAGCCAAAGGAGAUCCUGGCUGCAGAAGAAGAGUUGCAGAAGGAGCUGAAGAAGAUAAAGGCAGCAAACAGUGGGGAUGGUGACUGCAAGACCCAAUAGGCUGUGGCUGCUAAGAGGCUCAGGUAUCGGGGACAGUUCUGUCACAGCCUCAUGGUUUUUAUUAGAAAAGGCAAAAUAAAUACAAGUUGUGUUGUUAA